AUGAUAGUCACACAAAAAUUGGCCAGUAACGAAAAUCCUAUUCCAUCUCAAAUCCUAAGCAAAACUCUAUAUAGUCUUCCACCUCUUCCAGCUCCAGCAACCGGUCUUCCCGCCCCAGCAGCCCCCACAACUGGUCUUCCCCCACCAAACCACCCUCCCAUUCCACCUCCUACCACUGGUCUUCCUGACCCAACCCCAGGCGGAGGUCCAGCACCCCCAACUACAGGUCUUCCCGCACCUCCCACUCCCACAACAGGUCUACCUCUUCCUGCUCCACCAAUAACCGGUCUCCCUAUCCCCGGCGGCGGCAGAGGAGGCCGUGGCGAACUUGUCGGAUUCGAUUCCGACACUGAACUCGAAGAAUAA